ACUAGAAAAAGUGACAGAAGCCCAUCACUGCAGCUCCCACCAGCAGGCGAUUCAUCACUGUUUGGGGAUCGCUUAACGUGGGCUGAACCUUCCCCUUCCCGUUCAACAUUUCCUACCGCUCCGAACAUCUGCUGUGCUCCAAUCUUCCUGAAAGCUUCACUCCUUCCACGUCAACAGCUGUGGACCCUGAUCAAUGCGCUUCUUCAGCAAAAGGCUGGCCCUGGUCCUUAGUUAUGUGUCCUGGGUUUUCAGCAUAGGCAUAUCCAUCAGCAAAUCCUGGCAUGUGUGGGAGUUUGACAGCGAUGUCAUUACCAUGAUGUACAUUGGACUCUGGGAAACGUCUUACGUGCAAAGAGUUAACACGUCUGGCAACAUUCUGAAGCUGCCCAUGCGUGCCGAGUUAAAUGAAAGCUGGGAUGUUCCACAGGAAAUCUACUAUGGGCAAGAGCUCAUGUUGCUGGCCAACUUUAUGACACCGGUCACACUGUACUUUGGCUCCCUGGCCGUUUGGGUCAGCUGGACCGAUGCCUUGUACCCAGAUUUCCUCCAAGCCUGCUACAUCUCUGCCUUGUUUCUCAUUGUCAGUGGCUUUUGUAUCACUGUUACUGUGAGCUGGAAUUUCAUUGCAGACAUUUAUGGCAAGACCACCCUUGACUUCCCACCUGAUUUCCCGGUAGGGAGAGAAAUGGUAAAAGUGAAGUACAUUUCUUAUGUGUUGCCACUAGGCAUCGUAUCUGUCAUCCUGGCGCUAGUGAGUGCCCUGAUAUUCUCCUAUGAAUGGUAUUCAAACAUACAGUGGUGCCAAAAGAAACCAACUCCUGUGCUGACAGAUUCAGGGAAAGAGUCCUGAAUGCAGGGCCUUC